GGCAGAUUUUUCUCAACGGAAGAAUGGAAUCUGUAACCAAGCAUGCAAUUGUGAUUAGAAUCAUGGGUCGUACUGGAUCCAGGGGGGAGGUGACUCAGGUAAGAGUCAAGUUUCUUGAUGACCAGAACAGGUUUAUCAUGAGAAAUGUCAAGGGACCAGUCAUAGAGGAUGAUAUUCUCAUACUGUUGGAGUCUGAGAGGGGGGCCAGGAGAUUCGCUGAGCCCAUAAUUUAG